AUGAACGAAAAUUUACAGCAACAGAGCGAUGAAGUAUUUGCUGUGACUUCCGUUUUCCCAGAUGUUGCUGCUUUCGAUGAGAAAAAACGAAUCCUAACUGUAAAGCUGGAUUGUGAUGUGGAACUUAAGUUUAUUCUCUUGCCAAACUACCCAUUUGAGUAAGUUUUUAGCUGUUUUUGUUGGGUUUUUAGACAUAUUUCUUACAAAUAAAAGGUAAAAGAAAAAAUAAAGUUCAGGUCUCCUCCAGAUCAUCGAAUUAUUGCCCCUGCUUUCAUGACGGAGCUUCAGCGAAAGAUCUCGGAGCGUUUUCGCCAAAAUUACGAGGACUUCAAAGGGAUCCCGGUGAUUUGUCAGUGUAUCGCUGAUGCUCAGAAUAUUAUUGACGAAUAUCAGAGGGAACCGGCUUCCGAAAAGGCGAAAGAGGACCAUGAAAUCGAAGACAAACAAGUUGAAGUUGUGAAGCGACCUAAAGCCGUCAAUCUGAGUGGCCAGAGGUUCAACUGGAUUAGUGGUGAAUGUUUGGAAGAUCGGAAAAGCGUCUUCCAAGCGCAUAUUACCAAUGUUCAUAAGAAAGAAGACGUAAGCACUUUCUCUUUUUCCUUUUGAAUUUAGAGCCUCUAUUUUCUAGCCAUUGGAAGCGCUAUCGCAAUUAUUAGAAAACGGAAAAAUUGCUCGAGCAACGCACAACAUGUACGCGUAUGUGAUAAAACUGCCGAAUGGUAUUGAGCUUUCUGACUGCGAAGAUGACGGAGAAAAAGGAGCUGGGCCAAAACUACUUCACAUGCUCAAGUUGAUGAACAUGGAGAAUCAAAUGAUAGUAAUCACACGGUGGUAUGGUGGAAUUCAUUUGGGUCCCGAUAGAUUUAGGCAUAUUUGUAAUUUGGCUAGGGAAAUCCUUGUGGCUUAUAGGAAAGAUCACGGGGAAGAGGUGGAAAAGAAAUCGAAAAAGCGGUAA